AUGGUAACAACUACAAAUUUGAUUCCAUUUCAUGAAAUACUCAUAGAAACGACGGUGACAAAUGAAGUCUCCAUAGUCAAGAGCUGGAUCCUCACCGCACUAUCAGCAUACAGAGAAGAUCCAACGGUGAUCAUCUCUCUAAACUCCAAGUCCCAUCCUCAAGAUGAUGCCAAAACCGCAACUCUUCAGUUAUGCAUCAAGACGAAAUGCCUUAUACUCCAGCUCCUUCACAUGAGUCAAAUUACCAACCUCAAAGAUUGCCUUAGUGAUCUAUUUGACGAUGAGAGAUUUGUUUUUGUAGGGAUCGGUAUAGCGAAAACGGUCGCGAGUCUUGACGGGCUAAUCAGAGUAAUUGCUAAGAAAGUUGAUGUACGUGAUUUGGCAAAGGUUAAUUAUCCUUUUAGUUAUGGUGAGAGAUCAAGGCUUAGCUUGAAGGCAAUGGCUUGUGAGCUGUUGGGUUUCUGUUCGUGGAGACCGAAAAGGGAGUUUUGUCCGAGAGAUUUGGCUAAUGAUGUUCUUGAUGAAGAGGUGAUUAAGUUCUUGUCCGUUGAUGCUUAUGUUUCUUAUGAAAUUGGGGUUAAGAUGCUUACACAACAAAUGCUUUAG